GCCAAGACAGCUGAGGGGAGGGGGAAUGCCGGGGGCAACUGGAGGAAGACGGAGAAGGAACGUAGAGAACCUUUUGAUGCCACGAAAAUUCUCAGAGAGUUCAGGGAGUUUGAGUUUGGACAGAUGCCUCUUGAGACCCUUCACCUGUCCAAGAGGAAAGAAUAUGGACCAGAUGGUUUCUAUAGAUGUGUGCAGAACUAUGCUCUAUCCCAGAUUGUACCCAAUGCUUGUUCAUGAUAAUCAUUAUGUUUCUGUGGACACCCGCCAUUUGACAAGUAGCACAGUUCAGCUACCAUCUGUGGAGGCGUGGUGUGCCAUCAGUGAGCAGUGUACAACUGCUGCAGUUGUCUGGAGAACGUUAGAGAGCAUACACAACAAGUCUUGUGUCUAGUCAAGCAUACCUCGUUAUCCUCGCAAUAUUUUCCAUC